GGGUAUUAACUUCGCAGAUAAACUCAAAUGUUCUGUUGUUCUAAGUGACAAGCCAUUCUCAGAUACAGUGAAAUCAUUGGUUGACAAUGCAGUGGUCAAUAUUGAUUGUUUUGUCAACGGUGUUGGGGGCUUUUGUGAUUAAUACCGAAGGAACGGAAAAUGAUCUGUCGCUAGAGGACACAAUUACUCAGAAAGUUGAUGGGAGGAUUGUGAACGGAACGAAAGCUCAGCUGGCUCAAUUUCCACAUAUGGUUUCACUGAGAAGACGCUAUACAUCUAGUCAUUUCUGUGGAGCCAGCAUAAUCAGCGAAAAAUGGAUUCUCACUGCUGCUCACUGCAUGUAUCGAAAUGAUGAGUUGCUGAGCCCCGCAUCGUUUUACGUUUUUACCGGAGGAGUGAAACUCGAUGAUAAGGAAGUAUCACCAAGGCAAGUGAGGUACAUCAAGGACCUAUACGUACACCCGGAUUUCGAUGACUCAUACUUGGUGAACGACGUGGCGUUGCUCUUGGUAAUGACGCUGCUUUCAUUGACAGCAAAAAUCAUUUCUAUCAAUGAAAUUUACAAGUUUUUUGUUCAAAUUUUUAUGAAUGGCAGAGACGUUAGCAAUGAUCUGAUGUACUUAAAAAUGCCACUGCUUUCUCCGCCGAUUUGCAAGAAACUUUUGCGCAAAAUAACAAAGAUGACGAAUGGACAGAUUUGCGCGGGAUACCUAGAAGGGCAGAGGGACGCUUGUCAGGGAGAUUCCGGGGGUCCACUAAUGUGCAAUGGCAGCCUGACUGGAAUAGUGUCCGGAGGUUCUGGUUGCGCUCGUCCAGAACUCCCAGGAUUCUACUCAGAAGUCGCUUACUACAAGAACUGGAUAGAAAGGGUUCAAUCAGCAGCAGAUUCGUGUUGCAAAUGUGCCUGUCAGAGAAAUGUCAGCAACUCUAGCGUCACAGUUACUUAUGGCACAUUAUUACUGUUAAUUAUUGGAAUCUACUUGUCUAUUUAUUAAAAAAAGCAGUUGUUAUUAUUUAAGUUUAU